AUGCCAAGAAGAGGUGGAAGUAGUGGAAGAUCAUCAGGUGGAGGAUUUUCUGGAAGAAGCUCAUUUGGAGGAGGAGGUGGAAUGUUUGGAAGGUCUUCACCUAGACAUAAUAGCAGUGGUGCUUUCAGAUCACCUACAAGAUCUACAGUUGCCCCGCCUGCACCAUCAAGAUCUCCUUUCCAAAAUUCAACUCAAGGGUAACAGAGAGGGCCAGGUUUAGGAUCGGCCUUAGGAAUGGGAUUGGCCCUAGGAGCAGGCUCUGCGAUCGGUCACUCAGCUAUGAAUUCUAUGUUUGGUGGAGGAAUGGGUCAUGGUUCUGGAAUGGGAAUGGGCAGUGGAAGCUAGCCAGCAACUGAUGAUGGAAAUUCUAAUAGAAUGGGUGAGUAUGAGGCACCCAUGUAUGAUGGUAGUACGAUGAAACAAUUAGACAUGCAAAUGACUCCAGAAUAGCUAAAUCAGAAAUAGCUAGAAUAACAAGCAUAGGUUGACCCUUGCUUUUCAAAUGUUAGCAAUUUACUUAAUUGCCUUAAGGAAAACCCAGGCAAUAUAGGAAUUUGUCAGAUUCAAAUGAAUGAUAUGGUCUCAUGUCAGAAAUCACAUUAAUAACCAAAUAUUGAUUGA